GAGCAUUUAAUUUUGAUAACGAUUUCUGUGCUAUAAAAAACGAGAUGUCGAUGCAGAAUGGUAUUCAAAAUCAUUCGAAACUCUAAUCGAAAUGAAAGUCUUGAUUGUUUUAUUUUCGUUGGUGGCCAUGGCUCUGUGUAGGCCCCAGGGCUACGUAUCUUAUGGUGGUGGUGGGCAAAUGUGCGCCAUGCACAACGGUCGCCAGGUUUGCGGAGAAGCCCAGUGUUUUCAAUACGGCGGGCGGUUUAUAUGCCGCUUAUUUAACUACCGUUACGUGGAUGGACAGAAUGAUUAUCUACGACAACCUGAUUACCCACCGUCUCAGGGAGGAUCAUUCCCAGACAGAAGUGAUUCUGGUAGCAUUCCUGACUUUGGUGGCUCCGCCAGUAGAAAUACCACCCCAAAGCCAAGCACUAAACCUCAAAAAAUCUCUAAUUAUGAAGUUGUUGAAUUCAGUCCUAAUCAAGGACAAUUUUAAUACAAUUAAUUGAAAAUUUGAUUAAAUAUAUGGUCUAAAUCGCGGACUGUUACGUUAUAUCCGUAGGCACAAACUGUUUAGUUUUAAUAUUUUUUGUAUUUGCAUUCAAAAUUUGACAUCUGUAGUUAGAUUUUCUGUUUAUAUACACACCUGAUCAUAAAAGUAGGUACACAAAUCUACGUAAAAUUUAACAUAA